AUGCUCGAUGCGGACUUUGGGUUAUGGUUGCUCCUGCUCGCCUUUUUCCAUAUUUCCGAGGGUUUGUUUGCCUAUGUUAAGCACGGAAAGCGCCCAUCAGGGCGCUCUUUCCUGUUUUCCGCUCCGUACAUGCUAGCGUUGGCAUUGGCGACUGCGGAGCACCUGCUCAUGGGGCAUUGCCUAUGGGCGCGGUCCCAGAGCACUGGCGGUUCCUCCCUGGCAUCUCUUCUCGUCAUCAAGGACCACAAUCGCUCUGUAGGACUUGCUCUCUGCAUUCUCGGUGAAACGAUACGAAAAACGAGCAUUUUGACUCUGGGUGACGCCUUUACGCAUGAGAUCGCGGUGAAGCAGCGAGCGAGUCAUCGGCUCCAGACGCGUGGCCUAUACGCCGUUUGUAGACACCCAGCGUACACUGGUUGGCUGCUCUGGCUUGUGGGCACCCAGAUCCUCCUGCGGAACGUGGUAUGCGGCAUUGCGUUACCAUGUAUAGCCUGGAAUUUCUUCCGCCAGCGCAUUUCUUUUGAAGAGGAUCAUCUGGAGCGAUUUUUUGGGGAUGCUUAUCGGGAAUAUCGUGCGAAAACCUUCUCAGGCAUCCCGGGAAUCCCAUGA